AUGUCUUCACUCAGAAGCUCUAAUAACUUAAAACAACAGUGUCAACAACGAAAUGCUGUUUUAUCUGAAAAAAGAAAAGGAAGAAGAGAACUAAUGUUGGCAUCACAACGAAUUGUUUCUGUUAUUGACGAUGAGUCUCCAAGACUAUCUCCACGUGGCUACGAAGAACGGUAUCAUAAUAUCUAUGAACAAUUAAAUGAAAAUAAAUUAGAGGAAAAACAGUUUAACAAAGUUCUAGAACAAAUUUACAAUAAUUCAUCACGACAAAAUCACCCUCCUUUUACUGAAAUGUUUAUGUGCGGUGUUAUUUAUAAAUUAACCCAACAAUACAUCUUAAUGAACAUUCAUCAAAAACAAAUAUUUCUUAGUAUCAUCCAAAAUAUAACAGGUUUUGAUUCAAUUUAUAAUAAUGAGUUAAUUAAAUAUAAUAUUUUUCCAAUUCUCAUGGAUUCUUUAAAUGAAAAUGAGUUAAUUGGAUUAGGUUGUGGUUGUUUAUGUAAUCUCCUUCUUGACUCUCCAUUAAUUCUAAAAUACUCAAUGGAGAAUCAAUUACCACAACGUUUAUUAAAAGCUUUUGAAACUUCUCAAAAGAUUCCGUAUUCCCUGAUUUGGUUAAUUCGUUGUAUUUCAAGUAAAGUUCAUGAUGAAAAGGUUUUAACAUCUUUUCUUCCUCUGACUAUUAGACUGUUAACUAUUCCAGAAGACAAAACUAAAACUACUGCCUUCGUUAUUUUAGGAGAAAUAGUUGCUAACAAUAUUAAUGUUAUUAACAAUAACUAUCUUAUCACUCUUCUUCGAUUCAUCAACCUUUCAUGUGAAGCAAACGAUUCUGCUAUCACAGCAGCUUUACGACUAUUGAGAAAUAUUACAAGUCAAGUUUAUUGUAAAGAAAUAGAAGAGUUAUGUUUAAGUUUGUUCUUAAAAAAUAACGACUAUUCUAGCCUCACUACACGCCGAUUAAUAUUAGAUUGUGUAAAUAAUGUGAGUGAUGCUUCAGAGUCUUUCUCAGAAAAAUUAUUUAAAUCUAGCACUUUCCGUGAUUUACCUUCGAAAACUUUAUCUGUUUCUGAUGAAAUACUUCGUCUUAGUUUAACUCGGUUAACUUUUAAAACAAUAAUAAAGUCUUCUUUAAAUCAUGACCCUUUUUCAAUUGAAGAGAAAAUGGCUUUAAUUAAAAUGGUAACUUUAACUCCAAUCGACAAUCAAGACCUUCUUAUGUCAUCACUUCACUUUCUUCAAUUUCUCCUUCAACAAAAUCUUGAGAUUGAAGACAUAUGUCAAGACAAUUCUUUAAGAGAUUGGUUUGAUCAUUUACUUAUUUCAAAACAACAAGACUCUGUAAAACAGUUAUCACAAGCGCUUUCCUGCCAUAUCUUCCUCACAAAUCAAAUGGAACUUUGA